ACAAAAUAAAUACCCUCACUCAGAACAACCAACAACCACUUUCACAGCAGGCGGAUUGAACUUUCAAGGAUGGAAGAACCAGAAGAAGAACAGUUCAUCAAACUCAACCAACUCAUCUCAUACGACCCAAGAGCAAUACAGGACCUAAUAGAACUAUACCCAUCACCCAACCUACCAAGAACAAUAGCAACAACAACAACAACUCAAACAACAGCAACUCAAACAGCAAACAACAAACGAAAACUAACUACUACCAAUGAUAAUCGCAGGAACAAGAAACUUCAAAUCAUACCCACACCAUCUGAACCUUCAUCACCACUGCUAUCAGCAUCAACCAACACACUUCCAAUCAGAUGCUCAUCAGAACCAAUCUCAUCAUCUCAAAAACACCCAUCAAACAACUUCAACCAGAAUAUCUCAAAACUGCUACUAUCCAUAGGAGAUCACACCAACAAACAGGAACAAAAACUACCUCAAUCACCACCCAAGAACAUCUUCAAUCUACCAUCUGUCAAAUCACCCUCAAAGCUUCCACGAAUCCUCAGUCCAACCCCGCAACCGUCGAGGAGCAAGCCUGCGAAAAUCAUCGAUGAACCCUUGGUCUUCUCAACCAUCACUCACGGCCCCGAUGACCUCGCCAAUAGUAAGGCCCAGAACCCCACCACGAAAUUCACCAGGCUGGGUAGACGGCUACACGCUUUACAGACCUCCUCAGCCAUCAUGAGACCACGUUCGAGCUCAAACCCUUCCACGACCGCGACUAUCACCAGAGCAUCAAGACAGCCCAGCCCAGGAUCUUCACCCACCAAACCCACUUCCCCACCAAUACCGCCGCUGACCCUAGGCAAACCCUCAACCAGCCGGCUACGCGCCAGGCGUGCAUCACGGCCACCAGAAGCUCCCACACCCACCACCUCCCCACCCCAGCCGCCACGUAGGACGGCCCCUCGGGUAGACACAGAACAAGUCAAAUUAGCCAAACUUACCAAGCAGCAGACCAAUCUCAACAAGAAACGGUUUUGUGUGAUCAAGGUCGAGGUGAUCCAUAUGGACCAACUAAGGCCACCUUCGCCCGAAGGGAACUUCCGUAAGGGCGCCUCAUCAUCAUCUAAUAUCAACAGGAAAAAACAGCCCGCUCCUUUCGCCAAUGAUUCAGCAAAAGAUAAAGGGAAACAACCCGCGCAGGAAUCGAUCGAAGAGAUUCGCGUCCAACUCCUCGCUCCAUCAGCUGACGCGCCCCAACACGUCCAGGAUCGGGAGAAACGCGUUCGCUGGAACGAUCCCGAACUGACGGUCGACCUUGAAGAGCUCUACUAUCGUCGGACGCUCGAGCCAGCUCCAGAAGAAGAAAAUGAAGAAGAAGAGCAACAGCAACAGUCCGAGAACCGCUCCCCACCUCCUUCACCCCCAGUCUCCUCCUCCUCUUCAACUCUCUCUUCUCUCACCUCUUCUGGUUCCCCUCCCUGUUCGCCCUCUCCACCACCGCUACCAUCAUCAUCAUCAACAACAGCAUCAACCUCGGCCGGUCCUCCAACAGUCAAACCUAUUCUUAAACUCAACUUCCUUCCGUCAUCACAAGCCCCUCCCGAAGUUGAACCAACCCCAGAUCCCACCGAUCAUACUUCUUCAACAGAUGAUCGAGGAAUGCUAGAGGACGGGGACAACCCCCAGAAGCCCCGUGCCGACCCGACACCCGUCUACCGUCUCGACCCUCACGGCAACCUCAUCCUCCCUGGCCCUUCCGGGGAAGAGCCAAACGGGAAUACCCCUGCUGACCCGCUCGUCUCCCUCGAACCCCCGUUCGUGAAAGUCUCUCGUCGGAUCUGGCGUGACCAUUAAACCUGUCCGCCUUAAACUCGCUUCUUUUUUCUCACCCCUUAUUCCACCUCUCGAAAACCUUAUCCUCUCUCAUUUACUCACCUAUGGAUCGGAUCGCUUUUGUCUGUUUCCUCUUGACUAUAUCAUCUUCCUUCCUUUCUCACAUAUCUCUCUCCAGUCGGAUCUCAUCUUCUCUCUCUCCUUCUGUCUACACGUUUUAUUUGGGUUGGUCGUUUGUUCGUUCUUUCACCGGUCACAUCGCCUCAUUUUGUUAGUUUGGGUUGUGGCCUUAUAGAAUGUGUUCUUUUUUGUUGUCGUUGAUUCUUGGAUAAAUCGUAUAAUUAUCACCUCUUUUAUUACAUAUAUGGAUGUAGAUGUAUAUAUCUGACUUGUGUGAGUGGUCCUCUGUGCCAUUGGUUUGGAAUGGUCAACGCAUCUGAUCGACUUUUUCACUUGAUCAUCCAUCCCCUUCUAAACACACAUCUUAGAUCCGUUUAUGUAUAUCUUUCUUAGUUCAUUUUUCUGAUCACUUGACGGUGGGAACAAUAGUGUAAAAACCAACACCAAAGUAGCCAACAAUCCGAAAUCCCUCUUCUGGACUUCUACUUACAAGAGUUCGCUAGAUUGUGUAAAAUGGUCAACCGGGCCAAAC